CUUCCUGGUCUAAAGCCUGCCUGGUUCUCUCGUGUUUGUUUCUCCCAUGGACCGCUUUGUCUAAUUUCAAGUAGUGUAGUUGUAUGUGGAUAGUCAAUGGAGGAGCUUCGCGAAAGUUUAGCAACUGAGUUGUGACGCAUUUCUAAUAGUAACCUUAGUUUGAAACCAGCAAACGUACACUUCCCGCAGAACUCCGUCGCAUUGCUGAGGCAUGCAGCUUCACCGAAAACAGUUAUUCCUAUAUGCAUCGGGGAAGAUUGACAACAAAGGUUCGUAGCUUUAUAAUUUAACUUGUCACUAUCGUCCUUCAGGAAUUUCGGCAGCCGAGUAGCUGUUUUUCACCCUUUCAUUGAGAAUUUAUCUGUACCCUAUGCAUGUUAGAAGGCUUUUAAAUAAGUCGAAGAUUUAUUUGAACCCUCCUUAGCUUUGUGGUUUUUUGUGCUCGCUCUCUUAAAGAGAUCUUUAUAUGGUGUAUGUGUUAAACGAUCUCUAAAAAGAACAUCUUAACUUCCCCUUAUGUAUUGGUAUAGAUGUUUUGUCAAUGCCUAUUCAACUUCCACUAUGUCAGCAACCGCGAAGUAACAAACGCCCACACACUUCCAAAAGCACACAAAGUCUUUCUGAGCAUCACCCUCCUUAACCCACAUCACCUGCAUCAUCUUAUUUACCUACUACAAUCAGUACUAUUCUUCACGCUAGUGAGUAAUCUUCGCUUCACUCUGUAACCACAAAGAGCGAGGAGAGCCUUGGAAACACUCCCGACAGCCUCUAAGGCCACAUAGCCAACUUCAUAUAGGAGCAUUUAGCCUUAGGGACCUCUGCCAAAUCGGACAACAUGCAUCACUAACAACAAUACUGGCAUCUCUAGCCAUGGAUGUAUGUUGUGUUCCUGAGACACGCAUACAAUACCCGAGUAUAGUCAUUCGUAUGUUUGGCAUGCGAUUCGCCCCUGCAAAAUGUAAGAUGCUGCUACAGGACUGGACCACGCCAACCCCUAACUUAGUGAUAGGGAGUGAAGUGAUAGAACAUGUUGACCACUUCACCUACUUGGGAAGUUGUAUUAGCACCAACGGACUGAUUGGCGAUGAAAUCUCAGCACGGAUCCGAAAAGCUCGAGCUGCUUUCGCUGGCUUACAACAUCUCUGGCGUAGGCGUGACAUCCGUUUAUCAACCAAGGGACGUGUGUACUGCUCAGCAGUUCGCUCCGUCCUUCUCUAUGGCUCUGAAACAUGGCCAAUACGCGUUGAAGACAUGAAAAGGUUGACUGCUUUCGAUCAUAGAUGUCUGCGAUCCCUGUCUCACGUUAGGUGGUUUCACAAGAUAAGUAAUGUUGACGUUAGGCGUAGAGUGUUGGGCAAAGAGGGAAAAUCAAUCGACGAGGCUAUAAAGUUACAUAGACUAAGAUGGCUAGGUCACGUGCUGCGCAUGCCUAACCACCACCUCCCCCGACGGGCAUUGCUAGCUGACAUAGGUUCAGGUUGGAAAAGAGCCAGUGGUGGCCAAACAAAAACAUGGCAUCAAUCCAUGAAAUCCUUGACAGUUAAACUGAGUCAGGUAGGGAGAUGCAGACUCCCGGGUUGGGGUCCUCGGGACUCUAGGAAUCAAUGGCUGGAGACAAUAGGUGACAUGGCUCAAAAUCGUUGUCAAUGGCUAGCGCAGAUGUAUUCAGUCUCUGUAAUCUUUCAUAUUCCUUCCUACCAUUACCCAUUCUGUUUCACUCUCAUACUUGUCAAACUCUAUUGAUUCUCUCCACUCAUCUUCUUGUGUACCUCUGUGUGCUAUUUGGAACGUGGCAACUCGAACUGCUUCACUU